CUAGCAUUCCUUCUCCCCUGCUUCUUGAACUAACUUAGUGUUGCAAGCGACGAACUGGCGAGGUUUAGUUGCUACGGGAGGGUUGGCAUUUCUCACGCCGCCAAACGUUCUCGAACCGAUUGAAUAGACAACGAACUCAAACUCUUCGCCCUGGCGUGAACCAGACGUGUACCAAUUCGGAGUUUCAAAGCCGAUGGAUAACCAGUAGAUCUAUUGGCCGAAGAGUCAAUGCGCUCCAGAGAGUAAGCCAUCAACAACAUCUUCAUCCCCGUGUGCGGCCGGCGAUCCCAGCUGUGCGAAUGUAGCUCCGAGCUGGAUAUAGACACUGCUAAUAAGGAAGAGGAGAAGCGCGGACGGAAAGGAUGGCCACUCGCCCUUCAAGCGGAGCACGCAGGAAGUCAGCGCCGAACCCGGAGCAGAAUGCCUUCGUUCAGAACAGCAUCCGCUUCAUGCAGGCCGCCUCGCUGUUCCAGCGGCGUCGCGAUAGCAGUGCUUGGCAGCCGAUCACCAAGGGUUAUGUCAAGCUGCAGGUAACCCAGGUGACUACGUCGACACCGACCACCAGAUCAGUCAGGUUCACCAUGACCGCCUUGGAAGGAUCCAAUAUGGUGCUGAACGUCGGCCUCAGUCCGGCAAUGCGUGUCAAGCGCACCACCACGUUCAUACAGAUCAUACUGUCCAGCAGCGAUAGUAACAUGUAUGGAGUCAGAUUCACGGCUCAGGAGCAUGCCGUGCAGCUGGAAACGUGCCUUGCAGCCAUCGCACCAGCCAAGCCAAGUCCUCCUCCACCAGGCAGUGCAGACGGGCGAAGAGUCUCACGCACGUCUGGUUCGGCCACAUCAGCCGAUACGAUAAGUGUGGGUAGCACGGGCAGUGGAGACACAACCGACGGACCGGCAUCGGACGGAACCGGCCAGGCGAGGAAGGCAAACAAGCGACCGGCUCCCGCUCCACCGCGUGCCGCGUCGGCUCACGCUCUCACGUCCUCUGCACCGGCAUCCGUGAUGACGCAGGCGUUGAACGCGGGCGGCAACAGCGGAGGCCGUCAGGCGGCGCCCCCAAGACCAGCCCCGUUUCAGCCGCCCGGCAUCGCCACGGCUUCCAACAGCGCUCCUCCGUCGCGCAGUCCCAGCAUCCAGUCACUGGACACCCAGCCAGCGCCUCCGCACUCGGCCAACACGUCGCCGACGAAGAAACCGAUCAAGCGGCUUGCCCCCGCACCGCCCGGUGCAGGCACGGGUGCAGCUCGUAAAGCAUCCGCGACGGCCGUUCCGUCCACCAUCGAUGAGAAAUCCCAGCCGUCGGCCACGCCGCCGGAAAUGCAGCGCAUGCGCAAGGUGACGUCCGACAGCUCCAUGGGCGGGGCGUCACCACGACGACGAGCCCCCGAGCGGCCUCCAGCGGCCGGGGGCAUGCUCAAAGCGCAGUCCAUGCAGGCCAUCAAUCAUCUAUCGGCGCCAGAGGCGUCGGCUCAGCUGGCACACGAAGCACCUGCAUCUCUCCCCGAUCAAGGAGAUGGCUUCCUAUCAAACGAUGCUGAUGACAAAAAGCAUGGCCGACGGAAGUCCGAUCCGCAUGGAGAUCGACCGCCAAUGCCUAUCCCGGCCAAACUGAAGCGACCUCGCUCUCCACCGAAUCUCCCUCCACCACCACCUCCAUCAGUACCUGCUGACAACGAUUCUGUGUUUGAUGAUGCGCUGAAACCCACCGCAGUUAGCACAGUUCCUGAACCUGACCAGACGGAAGCACAACUACACAGCAUCGGCGAAGAGGACGAGCAAAGGAAAAGCGCCGACACAUCCCCAAUAUACGCCGUUGUCAAGAAGAAGGAUCAGAGACAAAAGGAAGCGGCGGCGGCCGGCGGUGCGUUCUCUCCUCCAAUUUCUCUGCCUGCGUCAGUAUCGUCAACGGAUGGUGACAGUACGGGUGGUUCUCCACUUCUCCACCACGCCAGGCAGGGAUCACAGCUCAGCCAGACCAGCAUGGAGCAUGUUCGGCAAGGCUCGUAUCAGAGUGAGGAGGGUGUUGACCCGUUCGCUCUUCCACCCCCUCCAGAUGAUCCAGCUGUACAACCCGACAUAGCAGAUACACAAGGAAAGAACUCUGUGCACGGCGUGGCCUCUGCAGUGCCGGACGACUUCAUCCCAAGCGAGUCCACAGUCCGUCUGUCAGCUGCAUAUAACGAAGACUGCAGCAAUCUCCUGGAAGAUCUUGAAACGCUCACCGACGAGCUGGAGGGCACGGCUGAGAAUCGUCCCGGCCGCAGUGCUAGCUACACCGUCACGGACCUGGGCGAAGACGACAUCGCCGACGACGGACUGCAAAUCCUGUCGAUCAAACCGCUGGAGGACGACCUUGCCGGCAGCAAAUCAACGAUAACACUGUCCGAAGGCAGUGUACUGGACGAGACCGAUGGGCAAGUCGGAGAAACUCCUCCAGCCGAUCCACCCGCAACCAUUCCUGAAACUGCACAGAAGCCGAAGAAGGCACCACCCAAGACCACCUUCAAACCCAAGCGCUCACCAUUAUCUGCGGCAACAUUUGGCCCACCGGUGACAGGCAAGACUGAGGAGAAUCAAGAAAAGGCCACCGACCAGAAAAGCGCUGAGAAAGAUACACAACCAGCGACUCACGUGAAGCCUGGCACCGCUGCUAAAGACUCCGAGUCGCCGUCGGGAAUUCGCCGUGCCGGUCAAGAGACGGCGGGCCGAUGGCGAAGCGGCUCCUUCGACGGUGCCAGUCGUUCGCGAGAGGGCAGCCCUCGCAUAGUGGUCAAGCAGGUGAGCGCACUGGCGGUGGCUCCGUCGGCCGUCGGCAAAAUCACGCCGAGGUUCACCGGCUCUCAGGACAGCCUCGACAGGACUGAUGGCCGUGAUGCUGCUGACGGCACGACUGGGCCAGACACCAACAGCAAGGACCAGGGCAGCGUUGAUGACAGCAUACGGCAAAGAUCCCAGUCCGAUGUCAGCUCGAGUCCAAUGGAAAGCCGCAAGCUGAAGCCGAACCGCGCUUCCAGCAACCGCUUAGUGCUCAAUAUGCUGCCGUCUAAGAAGUCGUCGGAGAAGGGAGAGAAGCCCAAGACUAUGUUGUUUAACCUGCCACCACCCCCUACAGGGGCAUCACCAGCCACGGUGCGUAAGCAACCAAGACCCUUGUCGUCCUGCCGUCUAAGCGGCGAGUUCCUCCCACCGCCGCCGACAGACGACGAGAUCGGCCUGGUGUCGGCUCAGGCUCCACUUGCCCUGGAGUUGCCAUCACCUCCCCGUAACCUUGCGCCGUCAGUUAAACCAGAGGAGACUCUUCCACCGCCACCAGUGGAGCUGGAUGCUCCGUCUACCAUCGCAAAACCAGCCGAUCUAGCGCUACCGCCGCCAGACAGUGGCGCUACGUCCGCCGUAGCAUCGGCUGACAGUAAGCCAACGGCGGGCACGCCUGGCAAGAAGAAGCCUCCGCCGACCGUGAGCAAGCCACGGCGGACGCCGGCUUCGACGCCGCAGAGCGACGGACCGUCGUCGGAGCUGGCGGCGAAGCUGCAGCGGCGCAUGAAAGCAGCAGAGCAACCCAGUGGUGCGGCGCAGGCACCGGGUGGCGGUCCGAAUGCUCCACCGAGCAGCAGCAACAGCAGACCAACCGUGCCGAUUGUACGCGUCCCGGACAUAGCUCUGCUGCAGGACGAGGAGGAUACGUCCGCGUCCAUGGACGAACCCGACGAGUCGCUCGACGAAGCGGUGACGCCUGUUCGACCAAUCCCCAUCGACAUCAUUCUACCGCAAGUGAAUAAUGAUGUCAUCACACGGGAUGAUGAUAUCACUACUCCAGUGAAUGAUGCGAUUAUUUCUCAGUCUGAGCCUGUGAUUACGUUGAGUGAGUCUCCGGAGGAGACUAGCACAGGACCCGAUGACGUUCUGCCACCACCGCCUGCAGAUGAGCAGCCGGCUUUGAAACACCAGACAGAGGACAUUGUGAACGUGGAACAGCCAGCAAAGAAUGCCACGAAUCCCAGUGAAGAGAUGAUUAGCGAGAAAAUCAUCAACACGAACAUGCCUCCUCCACCGGAAUCUCCUGCUGAUGAAGAACAUGUAUCGACUGCAACGCUGCAGGAAGCCGUGUCGAAGGACACUGUGCCGGAAGUUUCUCCUCCUCAACCGGCACCCUGCCCUGAUCAACAGUCCACUGAAAAGGAACCAUCAUCCAUCACAGAAGCAGACAGCGUCAAAGGAGUUCCAGAAUCCAAGUCAACUGAGCCAGCAGUGGAAGACUCGGAAUGCCUCACAGAACCAAGCAGCGUCAAAGAAGUUGCUGGAUCAAAGACACCUGAGCCAGCAAUGAACGACUCUGACUCCCUCACAGUAGCAGCAGCCGCACCAGCACAGCCUGAAACACCACAGCAAACAGUGCGCUUUGCAGACGACACCAAGGACACGGAGAGCACGUGGACACACGCUCCGUCGGUGAACGACGACGAUUAUUUCUUGUCGCCGUCGGUGCCGAAUCUUGACGCGGACGCCAUGUGUAUGUCCGAUUCGGUGGCAGCGCUGGACCUUCCGGAUAUACCCGACGAUCUGCCAAUGGUGGAUGACGAUGAUGCUGAUUUUGACGAGUUUCCGCUCGACGACUGCGAGAUUAUCCAGUCUGGGCUUGAGCCAUCUGUGACGACAACUAGUGUGUUGCCGACAGAGCCUGACAAAUCACCUAAGGAUACUGUUAACACUGUACAGCCUGACAACACGGCAACAACUGAUGGUGGUCAAGUCACCACCGAGCUAACUGUUACCAGUCCGGCUGAGGAUGGUCUACCUGCUCCUCCACCAUCUGAUCCCCGUCAUCCGCCAUCAUCUGAUCCGCCUACUCCUACAUCAACCGAUGUAUCGGACAGUCUACCAACUGAUCUACCUGCUCCUCCAACAUCUCAUCUACCUGAAACUCUGCCGUCUGAUCUACCUGCUCCUACACAAUCUGACCUAUCCGGUCCUCCGUUGUCUGAUCUACCUGCUGCUCUUCCAUCUGAUCAGCCUGAGACUCUACCGUCUGAUCUACCUGGUCCUCCAUCGUCUGAUCUAUCUGCUCCUACAGCAUCCGACCAACCUGGUCUUACACAAUCUGAUCUACAUAGUGAAACUCUACCAUCUGACCUACCUGGUCCUCCAUCGUCUGAUCUAUCUGCUGUUCUUCCAUCUGAUGGUUCGGAAAUUCCCGCAGAAGUGGCUGACGCUCCAGGGGGAGAAAUAUUGCCAGUAGGAGAACAAGCGAAAGAUACCGAACCAACUCCGUCACCUGCUGUUGUUGGUCCAACUAUUGACCUGCCAGAAGCCACCGAUGGCGCAGAGGGCAAGGACAAAGCGGUUACAACGACUGGCGAGAUUGGAACUAGUUUGAGCUCUGUUGCACACGAGGCAGAGCAACCUGGCUCAGCUGAGCCAUCACAGGAGGACGCGGGGAAGGCUGCAACACCGACACAGGAUCCAGUGAUCUCUCCCACAGAGCUGGCAACAGACAAGGCCGAUGAAAAGCCAUCAGCGUGCGAAACAGAGGCUUCAACCACUGUUACCGAUGAGAAGAGCAGCCAAGAAACCUGCUCGGAAUCAGUCAAGGCUGAAGACCACGCACAUACAUCAGCUGAAGACCACGCACAGAUAUCAGCUGAAGAUGGCAAAGAAGACACAAGGCAGACCAUUGAAACAGCCAUGUCGAGUCAGGACGGUUCUUCGCCGACAACAGCCGAAGCUAGGACAAGUGAAGACACCGCAGCAAUUGACGGCAGACAGGACCAAGAACCAGAGCUGGAAUCGGUACCCACUCUCACUACUACUAGCGAUCACCAACCAGACAGUGCUUCUGUCACCAACACUGUACCGGAAGUCUCUAGCCCCAGUGAGACUGUCAGCGAUACUGCUCAGACCACUGAGGAGGCACCCAUCACGACAGAUGACUCUUCAAAGUCACCAGAUGACAACGAGGAAAAAGAUUCACAAGUUAAUAGCGAGCCAGUACCGACAGUGGACGCUGUCAGCACGGAGGAAAAGUUUGAACCAAGUGCGGACUCAGCACCAGCUGUCACGGCGGAGCCUUCCGAAAGCCCGCAAGAAUCCAGUGAUGCGGUGGUGGCUCAAGCUGAAUCGUCAAUAGUCGAAACCAGUCCCAGCGCAGAGGAGAGUCAGCCUGAAAGCGGCACAAAGGAGGCCAGUGCAGUACUGCAAGAGCAUUGCGAACAGCAGGUCAGUGAGCCAAGCUCUCAGCAAGAACCGACAACGAAGCAGGAUGAGCAACCCUCCGGAUCCACGGCCGAAGACGACACACCUAGUCAGAGCGCUUCAGACACCACAGCACAGCCACCGGACACAGCCAUUGCUGAAACUGCCAAAGAAGCAAUAGCCGUCAACGAGGCUGAUACAGAUGUAGCGACAACAGCUGAGUCCAAAUCCAAAUCUGACGAGAAAGAAGAAAAGCCGAGUAAUGAUGCUGACUCGGCUGAAGCACCUCCAUGCGAAGCUCCCAGCAAGGAGGAAGGUGAAAGUGGCUCUCCAGAAGCUCAAGUGUGUGCGACCGACAGCAAGGAUAUUCAACAAGAUUCAGUGCAGGAAAACCAAGAAAGGUCCGAUCUACCAGCCGCCGAAAUCGACACCUCAUUGAGCAGUUCUGCACCAAAGGAUGAGUUGGAAGAGAAGGCGGAAGCGAACACAGAAAUCUCCGAAUCCUCCGAAGAGACACCGACAGCAACAGUAGAGACUGAGGUAGAGCCUGCACAUGACAGUGAGGCGAGAGAGGAGAAAGAACCUCCUGUAGAGGAAGCAGUGACCGGAGCGGCAUCGACAGCAGGUGACACCAGCUGCAAUGACAGUGGAGAAGACAAGGAAACAAAGGAUGCAACAGAUGCAACUGCAGGAGAUGCAGUAGCAGAUACGCCGAAUGAGAAUGUAGUGGUUGCCCCGGAAAAGCGCAAUGAUGAGGACAACAAUAGUCAGAGUGCUUCCAAACCUGCGGAGACUGCUACAGAGAAUGGAGCUGAGGCUACACUGGAGCAGGGCCAAACUGCGGAGGCAGGGCCCGCUGCACUGGAGCAGGGUCAAGCUGCGGAGGCAGGGCCCGCUACCGCGGUGGCGAGUAUAGGCGAAAAGAAGAUACCACCUCCGAUCGACACUGCCGUCACCUCGCUUGCUAGUCCGGCUUUAGUCGACGCAUCCGCCGGCCCUCCCUCCUCACCUGGGCCACCACCGCUACCAACGACAUCACCACCCGCUGUCCCAGACUCACCACCUCCUAGCAAUGAAGAUAAACCGAAAAGGAAGGUUUCUUUUGCAGAGCUUUCUGAUAGCAAUGAGGCGUCGGAUUCGUCUGCUUGCACGUCGCCUACGCCUCCACCGCCACCCCCAGCGGUGCAGCAAAAAGCCAAGCCGAAGCCGCCUGUGAAGACCAAGAAGGCAAUCAGAGAGGGGCUGCUGAAGCGCGACAGCAAGACGGCAGAUCCAUACGAUGACCUGGACGAGGUCCUGGACGAUAUUCGCAGGGACAACAAAACAAGACUGAGAAAGGUGUCCACUGAGAAACCCGAGGCAAAGGCUAAGCGGCGCGAGGAGGAGUUGGUGGAUGGUACGGACAUGACCUCCGCACUGUUCAAGUCGCUGAAGAGCAGGCGAUUCCGCAUCAGCGACACGCUGCGUAUAAAGCGUCUCAGUGGUGCAGCUGACGCAGAUGAAGACUGGGGUGACGGCGAUGGUGAAUAAAGUUUCUGAUCUGCACUCCGUCUUCUCAAGUAUGCUGCCGUACAGGCACUAGCACACUAGAAUGCCUAGUGUGACUUUGGAUGAGAGGCCUUGAUAGUGACAUGCCGUGGACAACACACGGGAUGAUGAUGUCUUUGAAUAGAACACUGUGUAGCCUGAAUGUGUGUUACAGUUAUGAUUAUGCACUCGCUUGUUGAUGUCGUAUGGCAAAUGCAAUGCCCCCCCCCCCCCCCCCCCCCGGCUUGAGUGUACAGUGGUGAACCUGGUUUUACUGUCUUGUGUGAACGGAAUUCCAGGUCUUUCGUCCACACCCAAUCAAUGUUUGCCCUGCAUUAUUCUAUUCUAUUGCAUUCUCUUGCUUCAUGGUGUUGUUGCCCACUGCAUUUCUAUCCUGUAUCCAAUCACCAAAUUUCCAGACUGACUGGCUUUCUGAAUUUUCAUGCAAGGUAUGACCCUCUACCAUACGUGAUCCUUCCCUUGAACUAAUCGCAAAAUAUUUGUUGAAGCCACGCUAUUUUUAUAAAUUUCAAUUUCUGGGGGUAAAAAUGCUUAUAUUAAAUUCCGUACAGUCACAAUACCUUUGGAAGUAUACCGGUGACCAUAUUAUUGGAA